AUGGCGGCCACAGAAUCCCAGUUGCCUACUGACCCCAAGUACGACCAGUACGACUUCCCCACCACCGCUCCGGAAGCGCAGCCUGGCCACCCCGGCCACACCUCCCCCGAACAGGAUGCAAAGGUGCACCAGCUCCGCGCUGAGCUCGAGAAGCUUGGCUACACUGAGCGUUUGGAUACGUUGACCCUCCUGCGGUUCCUGCGUGCCCGCAAGUUUGAUGUCGAGGCUGCCAAGAAUAUGUUCAUCCACAGCGAGAAAUGGCGCAAGGAGUUCGGCACCAAUGAUCUUGCUCGCACCUUCGAGUACCCCGAAAAGGAGAAGGUCUUCAAGUUCUACCCCCAGUACUACCACAAGACAGACAAGGAUGGCCGCCCCGUCUACAUCGAGAAGCUGGGCAAGAUCGACCUGAACCAGAUGUACAAGAUCACCACCGCCGACCGCAUGUUGAAGAACCUGGUGACCGAGUACGAGAGGCUGGCCGAUCCUCGCCUUCCCGCAUGCUCACGCAAGGCCGGCAAGCUGCUCGAGACCUGCUGCACCGUCAUGGACUUGAAGGGCGUGGGCAUCACCAGCAUUCCUUCCGUCUACGGAUACGUAAGGCAGGCAUCCGACAUCUCGCAGAACCACUACCCCGAGCGUCUGGGCAAGCUUUACCUGAUCAACGCGCCGUGGGGCUUCAGCGGUGCCUUCAACGCCAUCAAGGGUUUCCUUGACCCCGUUACCGUCAGCAAGAUCCACGUCCUCGGUGGCGGAUACCAGAAGGAGCUUCUGGCCCAGGUCCCCGCUGAGAACUUGCCCGUCGAGUUCGGCGGCACUUGCAAGUGUCCCAAUGGCUGCGAGCUCUCCGAUAUGGGCCCCUGGCAGGAGGCUGAGUGGGCUCGUACCCCUAAGUGGGCUACCCCUAAGGAGGAGGCUCCCAAGGAGGAAGCCCCUAAGGAGGCUGCUGAGCCUGUUGUUCAGAAGGAGGACCCUGUAUCUGAGAAGAAGGUUGAGGGUGAGGUGGCUGCUCAGACUAGCGCUUAA